AUGGCCCUGGUGCCUGUCUCCUCUGCUGCAGCGCUUCCUGCAGCAGCAACAGCAGUAGCAGCAGUAACGGCAGCAGCAGCAGCAGCAGCAAGCGCCAAAGCAGCAGCAGCAGCAGCAGCUCGCGCUGCCAACAAAUCCGUUUACUGCUGCUCCCGUUCCCCAGCCUUCUCCAACACAGCAGCAGCAGCAGCAGCAACACCAGCAACACCAGCCGCAGCAGCAGCAGCAGCAGCAAGGGGCCCCCCGCCUUGCUUGCUGGAUUCUGCUGCUGUUGCUGCUGCUGCUGCUGGAUUCUGGACUCCUCCUGUGAUCUCUAGGGGGCCCCUCUACUUAUGCUUGCUAGGGCCCCCCGGGGGCCCCCUGGGGGGUCCCUGCAAAGGCUCUCAAAGGGCCGUUUUAUGGAAUACCUGGGGGUCCCCCUGGGGGGCCCCCUGGGGGCCCCCCGGGGGCCCCCCCUGCAGCAGAGAAGGGCAGCAGGAGGAAGCGCAGCAGCAAAGAAGAAGACAAAAGGAGACAGAAGAGAAAGCAGUACCGGAGCCAGCGGCGCUGCAGCAGCAGCAGCAGCAGCAGCAGGAGGCGCUGGAGUCGCAGCUGGAGCAGCAGCUGGAGCAGCAGCUGGAGCAGCAGGUGCGGCAGCAGGUGCAGCAGCAGGCGCUGCAGCAGCAGCAGCUGCUGCUGCCGUCUGAAGAGCUGCAGCAGCAGCUGUGGAGCGCGAAAUCGAGGCCGAGCUGCAGCAGCAAAGAGCAGCAGCAGCAGCAGCAAGAGCAUGCACUCUUUGCGGCACUACAGAAUAUAUGUCUCCAGAGACUCUCUUAA